ACCGACCCCAACCCCAACAACAACAACAACCAUUAACGUUCCAAAUGAAACGCAAAAAGGUCCAAUUGUUAUUUUCUCCAACGUUUUCGGCAUUUAUACUGACGUAAAGAUGGCUCUAUAGUUUGCGCGCAAGCAAAAACCAAACGCACCUAGGUGCCCCAAACACAACAAAAUGGAAACGUAUAAAAAACAAUCUGCCAUCAUGGCAUCUUCACAACAACAAGACACACCGCAAAUACAACCAUUCACAUUCUUCGGACCGGACUUCACUUUACCAACAAAAAACAUAUCGUUGACUUCUGAUUUUGAUUCUGAAUAUGGACGCAUCAUUUCAAGAAACCAUGGAGAGUUUGCAGUUGCCCAAGGAGCUGUACUGGGACCUCAAGCUGGAGCCGCAAUCCCCAACAUCGGCGUUGGGCUCCGAUCUGCUCUCGCUUACUGACCCAUCAGAUGCGGAGUGGCUAUAUGACGAUAACUUUGCAAAUGGCAUUACUCUUAUUGGCGACGAAGAAGCUCUAAGCCUGAACGAGGCAGCCUCUCUGGAGCUGCUCAGCGACGAGGAGUUGGUUGUGGAGAUCUUCGACCUGAAGGAUGAAGAAUGCAUUCUGGAUCAAAAGGCUACCAUCAGCUGCAACGAUUAUGAGAGGAACAGCUAUCAUCCCGACAUCGAUGUUGUCAGCCAGCCGAUAAUACCGGUCAACAAAGUACAAUUCGCUGCUUCACUCGAUUCUUCCGCCGAUUACCAGCUCGGCGAUUCCCCAUCCCUCAUCCUUCAGCAAUUGACGCCGCCGCAGUCUCCGCCUCAAUUCGAUGCUUACAAGCAGCCAGUGGAAUCGCCACAGCUCGUGCCUGUUAAGGCCGAGCAGAAGCAAUGCUAUACUCCUGAUGCUACAAGUGCGGCAGCCGCCACGCCCUUUAACUUCAACAACUGGGUAGGCGGCAGCGAAAUCGCACGCGAGAACCAACUGGUCGAUGAUAUCGUCAACAUGCGUGCCAAGGAGCUCGAGUUGACCACAAACUGGCAGCAGUUCAACGACGACUCGGAAUCUCAGGCCUCUUCUUCGCUGGAUAGCAGGAGUACAGGCAGCGGAGUGAACGGCAGCAUAGCGGACGCAGAUGAAGACUGGCUUCCGGAGCCCACGAGCAGUUGCUCCUCGCCAGCUCACACAAACGUGGAGCAGUCUGUGGCCAAGCCAAAGAAGCGUACUCGCACGUAUGGUCGCGGUGUAGAGGAUCGCAAGAUCCGUAAAAAGGAGCAGAACAAAAACGCGGCCACACGAUACCGCCAGAAGAAGAAGCUCGAAAUGGAGAACGUGGCGGGCGAGGAGCACGUGCUGUCGCAGGAAAACGAGCAGCUUCGCCGCACUCUGCAGGAUCGUCGGAACGAGAUGCGCUAUCUGCGCCAGUUGAUUCGCGAAUUCUACCAAGAACGCAAGCGCUAGCAGUUAUCUCUCUUUCAUCCAAAUUUUAAUGUCGUUUGCAAAGUUAUCGUUAUUGCUAAAACCCAAACUCAUCCAGAUUCUGACAACAACAGCAUAAUGUUUUAAUGUAACCCACACAACAACAAUCACCCGCUUACCCAAAGCCUUUGAAAACAACCAUGCACGCAGUCUACUGUCUUGGCCUUCAUUUUUGGCACUAAUGACGAGUCUCCGAGCUCUGAACUAAUCCUUGCCAGUGGAGGUCCAUGACAAGCCUAUAUCCCAAUAAACACAGUUCAAAGAGCCACUUUAUAGCGGCAAUAGAGUUUAUAGAAUGCGGCUGCUGCACUAGUUGGAAAAUGAUUUUGUUUUUUGACAUUGGCAUACAUCUUGACAAUUGUAAUAGAUUUAUUUUAUUGAUUUUUCAACAGUACAAUAUAAUACAGAAUAUUAUUCUACAUGUAUCAGCAAUAAAUCAAAAGGGUUUUUAAA